AGCAACGUAACCAAAGUGAGGCUGGAAGGAAAAACAGUCUGUUCCCUUUUUUCAGUAUGUGAAGUAGUAUUACUGUUGCCAAUUGGUGUACAGGGAACAGGACAAACAUAGCAGCAUCAUGAUAUAGAUCUAUAGGACACCGUUCUAUUUGGUUAUGAUCUCUACAUCAUGUACAUUUAUGACGUGCAUGCACAUGUACAUGUUUAUCCUUGCUCUGCCCUGACAACAAAUUAUGCAUGAAGAGAAAUAUGCACAUGCACAUGUACUUGUAGGACUGUUGUUGGACUUUGUACCUGCAUCUCCCUCAGCUCAUUCGCUGUAAAGUUCUCUUUUCAGAUGUUAUUUUUAGCCAUGCGGAAUCCUUUUUCAAGGAAACCAACAGCACCGUCACCUUAUGAGCAGAACCUCGCAGUUCUCAGAAAGCAGCAGAACCACAAGCAGCCAUCCUUCAAAGUUCCGGUCAAGAAGGCCUACCGACAACCUCUGGUGAUGUCAAACAAGCAAGUCAAGCCUUCGGGACAUGUUGCAAAAGGCCAGAAAGUGCCCUCUCCUACCAAGAAGGCAGCCCAACCUGCAGGGGGCUGCCAUCCUAGCAGGGAAGACUUGAUUAAGAUGAGAGAGAGGGCCAACAAAGAGAAUCUGCCCCCGCUGCAAGGAGGUAGAGGGGAGGCGUGCCCACCUGCGCCCCCACCCACCGAGCUUCUAGCUGGCCACAGCACUUUUGUGUCCAUCAUAUCCAAUCGUCAGAUCCACCUCAAUGCCGCCCUGACUUUCUGGAGGAAGAAUCCUGGUGCCCUCGUCUCCUACCUCAACCGUACAGCUGACGAUUCGGUUACCGUGGACGUACUGCCAGUUUUGACACUGAGUUUAGUACGUCAAACACUUCAGGUUAAGCAGAUAUCAAUGGGCGCCUGGCUGGAAUUUCUCCCCACCCUUCACAGGCUGCUUGGCAGCAAAUUUGCAGACUACAUAAAGGUAUGUCUAGAUCUGAUACGGACGCUCAUCCGACACUGGUCUAAAGAGUUAGAAGAGCAGAAGUGUCCACAGAAUGCAGCAAACCUCCUUCAAAGCCAGAGUGUCUCUGGAAUCUACAGUGGCCUGAUUUCCAUGUCAGAUGCUGUGAAUGCGUUAGCACAGAGGAAAGGGAGUGUCGGCAAAAAAGCUAAGGUUGUUAAAGAACUUCUUGACAAGCUGUGAAUGCUAGCGGUGAAUGCCCAAGGCUGGCUGCUACAGGUAUAUGCACUCUUAAUGGUACUUGUUGAGCUUGAUCCUAGAAGAGCCGAGCGGAUCUUCCCCCAGCCCCUCAACAUUCUCUCAAAUACAUGUACAAGGCAGGAACUUGGUUCCUGAAGGGGCAAGGCAAUUUCUCCUUUGCAAAGGGUACUUGUAUUGGAAAACAAACUUGUCCGAGGGAACAUUUCAAUGUGCAGUACGGCAAACACUGGGGGAAUCAGGGCCAUUGCCGUCAAACCCCCCCCCCCGCAAAGUUCCUGCCUUGCAGAUAUCACAUGCUGAAUCCAAAGGAGUUGUUCUGACACCAACUGUGUGAGAUUUGGGACAUGCCAUUCUCAUGUAAUGCAGUGUCUGAGACAAGUCCGCCCAAAUUGCAUACCAUUCUUUUUCCAUUGAUGUGCUCAAUGCGUGAUGUCCGAUGCCCUUGAUCCAAUAAACAUCAAAUUCUUCAGUCAGAUUAAACUGAAACUUCAAAUUUGUCCUGAUGAUGGGUGUCUUUACAUGCAUGCCGAGUUACAAAGAGAUCGGAAUGUGACAGCUUGGUUUUAAGAGGGAGGUAAAAUUCCCUCCUGCCAUUCAUCAAACUUGCGCCAGUGAAAAGAUGAUUAUGUAUGAAUAUAAAGACGACAAUGAAGGAAUGUUCGGUUUUAAUGGAGGGAGGAAAACCCCACAAACUGUUUUUAUGGGGAAGCCCCACUGAACCAGGUAAGGACAGAAAACUAGUCCACACACUGACCUAAACGGGACUCGAACCUCUGGUUGUAGAGACGGAAGGGAAAGAAAAUACAGUCAUGCCAACCUGACUCCCAAAUCAAGUGUUAUCAUUUGGUCUUGUUGACAACAUCAAUGGAAAGUUGUAAGAAGCCUCUACCGGUACCUUUGUACAUGAAUUAAUCCCAGUAUCUUGUAUGUGUAUUGUGUACCUGUAUUUACUCCCUUGCGAGGCACCUGUCUAUUGGUGUGUAUUUAUGGGUAGUACAGGAAGUUCAGGAACCAGGUACUCUAUGGUACCCAGAGAUACCCAUGAAAAGAACCGGUUCUUGGCAUCAUUGGUCAGGUAUCCGGUUCUAGUGCACAGCCCUAAAUGUGCCAGACCAUAGAAUUGAUCAAUAGAUUAAAAUGGCAGGUUGUUAAUGAAAUUUCUCUCCAGUUUUGGGUACUGUACCGUACUGUAACAUCAUUACUCAGUGUAUAGAAAACAAAUUAUACAUGUCGCUUAGUCAUUCAACAAGUCAAGUAUUUGUUGUUUCAGUUUGGAUGUUCCAAACUACGUAGGACAUCCUAUUUUUUAAUGGUAUCUUGAUACAUCAACACUUCCCAUAUGGGAGGAUAAAGCCAUCGUAGUAACAGUUUAGUACUAAUGUACAUGAAUAACCACUAUGCUGGCAAGUGCUCGUGCCUGUAAGUAUGCUAACUUCAAAAAUCCGUCCACUGUUUGACUUAAACCAAGAGCAGCUGUAAAUAUUGUGACGCCAGUGUGGUACAUUACCUCAGCUUGGUGUCACUCUCACCUUCACAAUUUGAGCACUGUACUGUCAACCAGAUGAGAAUUCUAUGAAAAAGGAUCGUCUCAUUAGCACAUGUUAAAAAAUAACUACCGGUACUUUUGUGUUAAAUUCUUCACUGACCAUCUGCAGUGUAUGUUCCGGGAUCUAUGUGUAAGCCCUUCGGGCGAGGCCUGAUUUUAGGCUUGGUUUUCCUCAUUUUAGAUGACAAUUGGCACCGUGACUGUACUGUACAUUGUGCAUAAACAUUUUCUGGUAUUUUAGACAAAAAAUGUCAGGCCUACUUGUACUUCUAAAUUACGUCUCUUUUUACAUUGUAUAUGUAACAUUUCUAGAACAAGGUACAUAUUUUCUCGAUCAUUAUUAUGACAGCAAAAUAAAUACUACAAUAAAUUUUGUUUAAGUUUUAACAGAUGCACACUUCAGUAUUAUGAGUACAAAAUUAAACGACAUUCAAAUGAAAUUGGAACCUUACAAAACAUUCUUGGAAAAACAUUUUUCUUUCUACUCUUCCUCCUGUUUGAAUCAAAUUUAUCACUUUAAUUUUUCACCUGUCUAUUAAAAAUUAUGAUAAACUUGAAAGUCAGACUUUAUGGGUCCAAUGAAUAGCACUGAUUCACAGUACACAUCACAUCCUUUGUUCAUACGUGAACACAAAAAGGUCUAGUUACAACUGAGGGUUCAGCAUCGAUACAGGUACAUAGUGAUGCAUCAUUCCAUCCGCUACAGUGCUUUGAUGUGGCUUGACGAUGCAGAAACUAAGAUCAAUGGGAGGUGACAAACAGAAGAAUUUUUCUCAUUGCAGCAUCCCAUGCCGUGAUGGGAAUUGAGGGGAUGCAAGAUUUGAUUUUGAAAGGAUGGACAGAGAACCACAAGUAAUGAAUGCACCAAGAGUUGCAUGAUGUCAACCCUCCACCCACAAUGCAAUGCACACCUCUGCUGACUCGUAUGUGCCCUUUAAUGUCAGUGAAACGACGGUGCAUGUAUUGUCUGUCGCUCCUACAGAAUUAGAUUGAAGCUGAACUACUCGUACAAGUACAUUUUAAGAAGGAACUUUGCAUGCACAGACCUCUCAAAAUGAGAUCUCACUGGUCAUGACUCUUCGGGUGCCUUUCCAUAUAAUAUGUACGUCUUUAUGGUGCGUUGCGUACAUGAUAAUUCAUGUGCUUCACUUUCAUGGACACACAAAUCGACUCCAUUGACAUAACCAGUCGCUCCUUGAACGAUUCUGACGGAUACGUGCUGCUUGGCACAGGUGUUGACACGCAUAUGGAAAGAUGCUUUUAUCCUGGUUACAUUAUGAGUUGAUUAAAGCCAGUGCUUGCAGCUAGUCUGACUGAAGUAAAUGUGUAUUUUUCAGCAUGUUUUUCACGUCCCUUGAUGCACAAAUCUCUUGUUUUUGCUCUUAAUUCUUUCAACUUGAUGCACAAAUCUCUUAUUUUUGCUGUUUAAUACAUGUAUUUCUUUCAACUUGGUCCGAAUGCCAUUCUAGAUGGGGGAAUUGCACUGUGAAUAAAAAA